GCCCUGCGGGGUUUCCACGGCAGGGGGGGAUUUAUUCAGACUUUGACUGAGCACUUCCUGGAUUUCAAGAGGACAAACAGGUAGGUGACUCUGCGUCGUCCCUUUAUUCCUGCUGGCGUCCGGCCACUCAGACGUAGAUCCUCUAAUUCCCCUCCAGUGUAACAGACCCUGUCCAUCAUCUAGUGAGUCCUCGUCCUGUGGUAACUCUUGGUUACCAAAUGUAAAGGUUUAUAGAAGAAACAUGGAGUGUGCGUGUUUGUGGCUGGCGUGUGUGUGCAUGCUGAGUGCGUGUGUCGGGGCUCACAGUGGACCGGACAGAAAUGACCACACCCACCUGGACCAUCGACACCAUCAUCUGGUUUCCAACGGCAACGCAGCAGCCUCAGAUCUGUGUACGAUAGACCAGCAGCUCUGUCGGGAUGAGAACUCCCUGCUGAGCUUCGAGGCGAUCUGCAGCAUCCACAAGCUGAUGGACGACGACGCCGACGGCACGGUGGACACCAGCGAGACGGACGAGUUUCUCAGGGAGGACCUUAAGUAUCACGACAGCAAGGCCAAACACAGCAGCUUCCACCGAGCCGACCUGCACAUCAGCCUGGAGGACAUGUGGAACGCCUGGAAGAGCUCCGAAGUGUACAACUGGACGGAGCUUCAGGUGGAGGACUGGCUGCUUGUCAGUGUGGAGCUUCCUCAGUACACAGAGACCUUCAGGAAACUCCAGCUGGACGGCAAGGCCUUACCCAGGCUGGCGGUGAAGAACAUCACCCUGACGGUGUCGGUGUUGAAGAUUUUGGACCGAAGUCAUUCUCAGAAGCUGCAGCUCAAAGCUCUGGACAUCGUGCUGUUCGGACCGCCGCCAGGCCGACAGAACCGCUGGAAGGACCUGGUUCUGGGCGUGUCCAUCCUGAUGGCUUUGGGCGGCUGCUGGUUCGCCUACAUCCAGACCAGGAAGUCCAGGGAUGACUUGGGAAACCUGAUGAAGGACCUGGAGGGUCUGCAGAGGGCCGAGCAGAGCCUGCUGGACCUGCAGGAGAAGCUGCAGCAGGCUCAGGAGGAGCAGCGCUGCGUUCAGGUGGAGAAGGUGAAGGUGGAGCAGGAGCUGAGGAACGAGAUCAACUCGGCCAAACAGGAAGCCCAGCGGCUCCGGGAGCUCAGAGAGGGAACCGAGAACGAGAGGAGCCGGCAGAAAUACGCCGAGGAGGAGCUGGAGCAGGUACGUAUGGCGUUGAAAAAGGCGGAGAGGGAGCUGGAGUCGCGGGCUCACUGGGCGGCACCGGAGGUCCUACAGAAAUGGCUGCAGCUGACGCACGAGAUCGAAGUUCAGUACUAUAACAUCAAGAAACAGAGCGCAGAGAGGCAGCUGCUGCAGGCCAGGGAGGGGGCAGAGAAGAUCAAGAAGAAGAGGAGUUCUCUGUUCGGGACGUUUCAUGUGGCUCACAGCUCCUCGCUGGAUGACGUCGACCACAAGAUCCUGUCUGCUAAACAGGCCCUGGCCGAGGUGACGGCGGCCCUGCGGGAGAAGCUCAACCGCUGGCAGCAGAUCGAGUCUCUAACAGGUUUCUGUUUGGUCAAUAACCCGGGUCUGGGGUCGCUGGCUGCCGCCCUCAACCUGGACCCUGCCUUCCUCGGUCUGCGACCUCCGACCCCUCAGCACCUUCUCUUCUCUGAUGACCUCGACGACAUGGACGAGGACAUCCUGUCUCCUGGGACAAUGCAGUAUGCAGCGUGGCAGAUGGACCGGCGAGUGAGCGACCUCUGGCCCCUAGGUGGCAUCGCAGACACCCAGUCACCAUGGAAACACUCUGUUCAGAGUCUGAUGCCCCUGCGACAGAGGAUAGGAGACCCCGCUCUGGCGUUCAGCUCUCAGAGGGACAUUAUGAACCGUUCAGACUCCGACUCCUCCCUGCCUCUCCCUCCUGGCGAAUCACGAAGCCACUACAGCUCCAAGCCCUUCCUCCUGCCAUCGAGGCUCCACCCGCUGCAGGGUCAUGGCUCUGGUCUCGGAGGAGGAAGAGGUGGAGGAGGAGGAGGAGGUGGAUGCGGAGGCCUGGAGAAAAGCUCCAGCCUGGGGGAGCUGAGGGGCAGCUCUGCCUCCGGCCUCGCUUCCUCCUGCUCCACCCGCUCCCUCUGCAUCACCUCUGACACAGCCGACAGCCCGGUCGUCUUCUCGUCCUCCACCUCGUCCAUCUCAUUGGGCAGCGGUCGGGGGACGGGCCACCAGCUCCCGUCCGGGAGGAGCCCCAUGGAGGAGGACGGAGGUGAGUGGAGCGAGUCGUCCGGCAGCCGCAGGAGAAACGCUUUUAAUAAGAUUUUUAAGAAGAAGCAGGGACGUCACUGAACCUGAUCAACAUCUCUUUUAACUGCUUCUGACUCACGAUGAGACUUUAAUCUUCAUCCUGACGAACAAACAAACCGUCGGUCAGAAGAUCAGUUUUUAAAGCUUCACUUAUCAACUUUUAUUCAACUUUUCUGGCAAACUGUUCAAUAUUUUCUCUCCAUUAAACUGAUAAAAGAUCAGAUUUGGACUCGAUGUGGCGAGAAGUACGACACAUGACAGGUCUCUCAAUGCCGAGGGGACGUGGGGAUGGACGAGACCAAAAGGAAGAACGAGAGGAGAACUGAAGAAGAAAGUCGACGUAGAAACAACUUGUGAAGGACUUUUGAUUUUCCAGCUGGAUGUAGAUUUAGACAAGACGAAGAAAUUGAAAACGUCUACUUUGGUGAAAAUAUUCACCUGCUGAAUUCAGCGACUUUAAAUUUGUUUAUUUUCAUGCCAAAAAGUCUGUGUUCUUUGUUUUCAUGGACUUCAUGUCCGUUAGAGAAGUAAAUGGGGUUGUAUAAGCUCCAGCCUGUCACAGGUCUGAUUCCUGCAGCACCAGAUUCUGUCUGAAAUGCAAAUGAAGAAGCCAGAGACGUUGUGUGUUAGCUAACCAAACAAUCACCAACAAUCCCCAGCCUAGUACAAUGUCAUGUUACCAAAGGUUUGUCCAAUAAUCGAGCACGUGAUGAGUCACUCAUGUUAACAAGCUCUGGUUGGAUCAAACAGACAAAAUACACAGACCAAAGAAAACCAGCUAGAAGCGGAUCGGGGACCGCUCUUGACUCUGCCUCUGUAAUGGUGCAGUGGGACCGAAUUUUGCUUUACGUUCAUAUCUAUGUGGAACGGGGCGAGACGCGUUGGCUUCUGGUGGACCCUGAUUGAGGCGCUGCAAAGUGGGGUUUGAGGGAGGGGUUGGACCUGAGCUCUCAAUUGGGAAUUAUUCGUUUGUUUAGACGCUUGUUUGGCAGGUGAAAUAGUACGAUCAGCUGAGGAGUGAGUGCCAGGCUGCGGUUAAAGGACAGGGACAGAGGUUGAUGAAAGUAAAAUGUUUGAUGAGAUGCUGUAGAAUCUCUGACCUUGUGAACUGCUGUUGUUAGCAUGCUAGCCCUGCUAGCUGCUGCAGUUUGUGUACAACCCUGUUUCCUGUCCCCUCCGCUAGCUUUUGGUUGGGACGAAGGCGCAUUCUUUAGACCAGCUCCCCUGGAAGACAUUCACGGUGUUGACCUCAGUUGUUCACGUGAAAAGUGACAGAAAUAGUUGUGUGAAGAAUGAAAACAGAUCUGAGAGAGAAAUUCAAACCCACUCUCACCUCCACGCAGCCGACGGGUCAGGAAGUGGGUGAGAGUGUCAGGUGUCUUGUGUCCCGGAGACAUCAUCCGGCAGAACUCAAAAUUUGAGUGAUGGUUGACUGUUCAAAGUAGUUUUAACCCUAAAACAGAAACAAAACAGUCUCAGGUUGUCUGAUGACGUGAACGUGGCAUGGACGCUCUUUGUCCCCAGAAGGAGACGGUCCAACCUCACAGAGACCAAAACUACCGGUGCGCUCAGGCACCCCUAACGUCAACAAUUUCAAAGUUUACCACUAGGCGGUUCCCCUCUGAACAGCCAGUAAUAAACUGGGACCAGUUUGACUUGAACGGACGAUGGUGAGCGAUCAGUGCAGUCAGUAACAGGUGUUGGUAAGACUGCCAUGCAGUGGAUUAUGGGAUACUGAGGACCAAACCAUACAGCAGUUGUUGAUUUUGGACAGAAUCAGGCUGCAGGUCUCUGAGCUGACGUGUCCGGUCUGGAAAUACAGACUUCGAGGAUGCGUUGCAGCUUAUCUGUGAACGCAUGAUACCUGACGGGAACUCACAUGGUCAUCUGUAAACGCCCUUUUUGUUUUAUAUGUACAGUAUAUAGAUAUAUAAAUCUAUAUACCUAUAUAUCUAUCUAUAUAUCUAUAGCUAUAUAUAUAGAUAUAUAUAUAUGAGUGGAUUUUGUGGUUUUAUUAUCGGGGUUUUGGUAGACGAAGGGCUCUGUUUUCAUGAUGGUGCAACAUCUCCACAGCCGUCGGAUUUACACAAACGGGACAUUGAGCUGUUGAAGGUGGAUUUUUUCACUUUUGAUGUCAAGUUGCCAUCAAAUGUCUGGUCAGAUUCAUAAUUUUGUUGAUCUCUUCUUUGAUCACAGUUUCUCUUUUUAAUCAUCACUUUGUCGGUUUUAAACUUUUGUAUUUUAUUUUGAGCUCCAACGAUUAGUCGAUUAACCAUCAGGUCACUUUCGUACUGAGUAGCUAUUCUGAUGAUCAAUGUCUCGUUUUAAUUCUUUUUCAAAGAAAAAUGUCAAACACUAUUGGAUUCUGGCAUCUCCAGGGCGAGGAUUUGCUGCUUGUCUCUGUUUCAUAUGAUUCUAAUCUGAACAUCUGUGGGUUUGAGACUGUUGAUCGGAAAAAACAAGACGUCUGAAGAAGUCACCUUUGGCUGUCGGAACUUACAACAGCAAUUUUCCACUGUUUUCUGACAUUUCACAGACAAAACAAUGAUCGAUGAUUCAAAACAAUAAACAGGAUUAAUCAGUAAUGAAAAUAGCUGUUAGCAGCUGCCCUGAUGUUAUUUAGACCGAGUUCUUGCGCAUCAAAAUGUAACAUUUGGCCUCUCGUUCGUUUCCAAAGAGCUGUUCAUGUUGCUCAAAGUGAAUUAUCACAGAAAAAGGAAGAUUCUGGAGUCAGUACUAAAAGUCAGGUAUUAUCUAGCAGCUGCCCACCAUUAUGAAAACAGAGCCCGAGGUCGCCUUGUUAAGUUAUUUUCACUGUUUGAUGUUCACCUGUAGAGAUUUGAAAGUGAAACGUCAAAAUAAGAAUGUGUCUGCACAGUUUGAAGUCACCGAAACACACAGUCAUAAAUCUGCUGACGUGUGUGUCGUGUCUGGGGCAGGAUGUGAAGUUCAAAUCAAGUUAACUUUAUUUACUCUUACAAAGACGAGCGUCACGACGUGUUUAUUUAAAGAAACCAGCCGUCAGUGAGAGCUGCUGUGUUUGGACUUCAUUACCCAGAAAUCCUGUCACAUGAGGCCAACAAACGUCUAAAACCGAGUUCUCACAUAUCAGAAAGAAAACAACGAGGAUGCUUUGUCGCUACGACUCGUAGGAACAUUAUUCAGCAUCUGUUUUUAUUCAUAAAUCGAACGUCGGCAAUAAACAAAGGUUGAUGAACAGCUGGAAACGGUUGUAUUGUCUUUGGCGUGAACGUCUGUUGUUGUUCUGCCUCAGGUUUUUUAAAUAACAUCUGUGUAAAGCUGCUGCCGCUCUUUGAUUCUGAGGCCGCCUGAGCCUUCGAGGUUCAUUGGAGAUAUACUUCUUUAGAUUUCAGAUCUGAAACAGGGACCAGGUUCUGCUGCCGGACGGCAUCGUCAGAUUUUACUGGUUUGGCAGCGUCAGUGGAAACGAACGAAGCCGAGUAACCGGAGAAAAGCUCGGCUUCCGCUCUCAAAUAGCAAAUAAAACUCUGGAAUCUCUGAAGUUUAACAGAACAUGCUCACAAUUAAUAACUCAUGCUCUCAAAUGAUUGAAUUCCUGCUCUUGAAUGAAUAAAACGUGCUCUCAGAUUUAAAUCCCAUGCUCUCACAUGAAGUAAUUCACACUCUUUUUAAUUAAUAAAUGAUGCUUUCAAAUUAAUAGUGUGAUCUUGAAUGACUGAAUUCAUGCUGUUGAGUUAAUGAAUCACGCUCUCGGAUCACGUCAUACUUGUUCUUGAAUGUUGUAAUUCACGCUCAUGAAUGAAUGAAUUAUGCUUGUGAAUGACUUGGCUGAAUAAAGCGAGCUCUUGAAUGACGUAACUCGCGUUCUCGGGCCGAUGAACUUGUCCUGUUCUUUGGUUUAAUAAAAGUCGUUGUGCUCCUGAAUAAUGUAAUUCACGCUUUUGAAUUAAAAACAACACUCGAAUUAAUCAUUUACUCUCUGACUAAAUCCAUGCUCUGGGUUUAAUCGUUCUCUCAAACGACGUGUAAAUCACGGUCUCCAUCUAAUAACCUGAGCUCCCAAAUAGUUUACCAGCUCAUGAAUGACUCGAUUCGGUCUCCCGGCUCUAAUGGACUAAGUGGUGUCUCAAAGGACCAACUCGUCCUCUCUAGUUACUUUAUCAGUGCUCUUGAAUGACUGACUUCAUUCUCUGGAAUUAGUACGUCGUGCUCCGACUCUCAGUCAUCUUUUAUUCCCCCAUUUCAUCUGUUUCGAGUUUUUCUUGCACAUUUUGAGAAACAGGAAACAGGCCGACAUCACACACCAGUCACCGCUUCACCGAGAGCAAAGUCGAAAGGAAAGGAAGCGGCGUGCAGAGUCGGGGGGUUAGUGGGCGGCUGCAGUCACGUCAUCCUCUCUACAACCGAGCUCACAGGCUGGAAGAAAUGUGAAAGUAAAUGUCGGCGAGCUGCUCCGACUGACCUCACGGAACCAGAGUCACAAAACCGCACUACAGCACACGUCGCACUUUCAGAGAACAGCUGGUGAAAUCCUUAAAAAGAUCUUUGGUGCCUGCUGCCCUCAGUCUUUGACCUGCAGCUGAUGUUCGAACUGAAACAUCAGCUGCAGGUAAAGACUUGAAAAUGUAACUAAAGGCAACGAUUCGACGUGUCGUUCUGCCUCUGGAGAGGCCGACACGAACUCUCAGCUCAGUCUGAUCCCUGUUAAUAUCGACUGAGCCAGAACUCAGCCCGUCGCCGUCGACCCGCGGUGCAUUCACUGACCUGUCAGCAGCUCGGGAAAUCCGGCCAGAAGAGGGCAGAUGCCGAACCACCAAGUGGCAGCAAAGAGCCGCUGGGAGUCAACAGCAGACUGAGGGAAGAAACAUUUAGGGCUUCAUUUUGAUUUGGAGGGUCAAAUUCAGCUGCUUGACCCUUUAAAAGUACCGAGAAUAUGACCGUUUCACUAACUAUGGCCAUGGAGCGUUGCUGGUCUCCUCCUCAGCGAAUGUGGAGCGAAACACAAGGUUUUUGUCGCUCCUCAAGAUGAACUCGCAAAAGUUUUUUUGCAGUUUGAUGUGAUUAAACGCAUUUGUUUCCCCAAGUAAAACACCUCAGAUUCGUUUGAGUGUCAUAAAACUCUGCGGGUGUGACCUCAAGUCCCUAAUCAACACAUACAAGUCAAAGUCGAGUCCCAAGUUAGGAACAAACGGUCAAGAGUCAAGUCCAAACUAAAGACAACGAAUCCAAUUCUUGAACUUCAUGCUUCAAGUGUUAGGUUAUUAUGUGGCCUUCACCAAAUGUAGUGACACGUUGAAAUUUCAGAAGGAGAAACUUCUUCAUUCA